AUGAAUGCCAUUGAACGUGAUUAUCAUCUACAUGAAGGACAAGAACGUGAAAUAAUUAUGAAAUUAUGGUUAAAAGGACAAACAAUAAUUGCAAUUUUACAACGUUUUAGAUAUUUAUUACAAGAUCUUAAUAUAGAUGAUAAAGAUUUUUCUGAAGGAUUAAAACAAAUACGUGAAAAACUAAAUUAUGCUCAUCGUGAUGUAUAUUAUCUUCAAGAAAAAAAUCUUAUACUUGAAAAUCAAAAUAAUUUUCUUGAAAAUGAAUUUAAACGACAAUUAGAUAAAAUAGUUGAAGAAAAAAAUGAACAUAUUGAUCGACUAAUACAUAUUAUUGAUCAAACAUAUACACGAUCAACUCAAAUAAAUAAUCAUAUUAAUGAUGAAUAUUAUUCAUCAAGUAAAUAA